AUGCCUGUGCUAAAUUCGCAACUAUCUAACCCAACUGAAAAGUCUCAAAUCGUAUUUGCAGGAAUCUACUUACGUUCCUUCAUAUUAUCACCCGUCUUUGAUUCUUUUCUUGUCUUUCUUUUGAUUCCUCUUUUUUCGUUCUUUUUCUUCUUCGUCUCCCGCGUUCAUUUUCUUAGCAUUCCUUCUCCUUACUCUCAUCCCUUAAAAAUUCUUUUGUCAUUUCACUGCCAUCUUCAUCCUUUCUUGCUUUCUUUUUUUCUUUCUUUUUUUUUCCUCCACCUUUUCCUUCUCCUUCAUAACGAAACCAUUAAUGAGGAGUGGUUUUUGCCCCAGGCCCGUUCAUUAAGAUGGAUACAGCUCAUCAAGACAGGAGCAAAUAUCAAAUGUUUUGUGUUGACGUAUAUGCUCAUGCAUCGGGUAGGUGGAGCUUCUUUUCGUCUGUCUCUACCUCUGUUUCUACAGCUUCUUUUCGUCUGUCUCUACCUCUGUUUCUACAGCUUCUUUUCGUCUGUCUCUACGUCUGUUUCUACAGCUUCUUUUCGCCUGCCUAUACCUCUGUUUCUACAGCUUCUUUUCGCCUGUCUAUACCUCUGUUUCUACAGCUUCUUUUCGACUGUCUAUACCACUGUUUCUACAGCUUCUUUUCGUCUGUCUCUACCUCGGUUUCUACAGCUUUUUUUCGUCUAUCUAUACCUCUGUUUCUACAGCUUCUUUUCGUCUGUCUCUACCUUUGUUUCUACAGCUUCUUUUUGCCUGUCUAUACCUCUGUUUCUACAGCUUCUUUUCGCCUGCCUAUACCUCUGUUUCUACAGCUUCUUUUCGUCUGUCUCUACCUCGGUUUCUACAGCUUCUUUUCGUCUGUCUCUACCUUUGUUUCUACAGCUUCUUUUUGCCUGUCUAUACCUCUGUUUCUACAGCUUCUUUUCGUCUGUCUCUACCUCGGUUCCUACAGCUUCUUUUCGUCUGUCUCUACCUCUGUUUCUACAGCUUCUUUACGCUUGUCUAUACCUCUGUUUCUACAGCUUCUUUACGUCUGUUUCUACCUCGCUUUCUACAGUUUCUUUUCGUCUGUCUCUCCCUCUGUUUCUAUGGCUUAUUGCCAUUGAUCUAUACAUAUGUUUCUUCAUUUUCUCGUCGUUUGUCCUCGUGUGUGUUUUGUCAGUUUCUGUUGUUCUCUCUUCACCUGUAUUUCCCAAUUUUUUCUCUCGGAAUUAUUCUCGUUUUUUCUCGACUUCUAUCUAUCUGUACCUCGGUUUUUACAAUUUGAUUUUAUCUGUCGCUACCUCUGUUCAUCCGGCUACUUUUUAUAUGUCCCUAUCGCUUUUUUUUAAUACUUCUCUAUAUUGGGUUUAUCUAGUUUCUCCUUUUCUAUAUAUUACUCAGUUCCUUCAGUUUAGCUCUGUCUUCUCUUGUCUUUCUUCCUUCACCUUCUCCCUCUAUCCUAUUUGUCUGUCUUCUCUCCCUUUGUUUCUUUCUCUGUUUUACCUGCCUUCAUUUUAUUUGUCUCCGCCUUUCUUCCUCCAAUAUGUCCCUACCUCAUUUUGUUGUCUCCAUUUCCUCCAUCCUGUCUUCCUUUUUCGCCGUCUAUCCUCCAUUCUUACUUAA